AUGGCUGAAGAAACUCAGCUGCUGGAAUCUGGGAGAAGCCUGAAAAAGAGGCAGUUACUUAAAAGGCAUGGUCAUAAGAAGUCAAAUAAAAAGCCAAAAUUGAUGCCAGCGCCCCAGGUACAGAAGAAAGUUAAAAUGGACAAGAAAAUGAAGAAACUUAUCCGCAAUCGAGCACGGGAGUAUAAUUCUGAUGAUGAUGAUGAGGAUGGCAGUGGUAUUCAGUCUGGAAUUACCAAUAAUAUAACUGAAGAGGAAGACAAAGGAGGUGAUGACUUCUCUGAUGAUGACGAAGCAAGAGGGCAAGAUGCUCGGAAGCCAACUGUGAGUGAUAUGAAUAAUGACAUUCCAGAUGAUGAAGCAGAAGAUGGGGAUAUUCAGCCAGGAAUAACAAAAUUUACAGAAGGUUGUACAGCGUUCAGGAUGGCCUUCAGGAAUAUUAUGAAGAAGAGUGUUUUUGAAGAUUCCUUGGUAAGAUAG